AUGCCGGAGCAGCCUGAUUACGGUCUCGGUGUGGGGUCUAGUGGAUCACCGCCUUCGCCGGCUGCACCCCUCCCGUCUCCAUGCUUUGUGCAUUCGUAUCUCGAUGCGGGUCUAGGUUCCUCUGCUCGCAGAGCGUGGCCAAACAGAAGCGAUUCGCACGUCCAUACAUCGAGAGAGCGAGGUGCGGAGGUCUAUGCUCCCGCGGGCUACUUUGAAAGCGAGCACGAGAUGCGAUCGAGUCCGCGAGCUGCCGCCGGCUCCAGGCCUCGUCGCAGGGUCCACAUCCCUCCCUCCCAUCGGCAUUCUAGAGGAGCAGCCGAGCCGAGCAGCGAGAACUCGCACAGUGGGAGCGAAGGCGGGAGCAGUACAGGCGGCUCUGUCUCGGACAGCGAGAGCGAUCACAUGCGGAGCUUGACGCGACAGCUUGCCGAGACUGCAGUCGGCGUGCGAGAGAUGAGCAAGCAGCUUGGUGAGUAUGGUUAGUGGUGCUUCAUGCACGACUCGUUUGCUCACGCAGAUCUCAUCACAGGCCAAGCGAGAGUCAAGUCCAACAUCCACUCGGUCUUGAUCAUCACAAAGGCACGAGAUAAUCAUCUCAUCUCAUUGACGCGCGAGCUCGCCAUCUGGCUGAUGCAGACGCCCAGGAGGGGCAGAGAUACGGGACUUGUCGUGUGAGUCGUGUGCCUUUUCCCCCCCUCGCAUUAUUCUCCUAGCUGACGGUCGGGACACCGCUUCCUCACGCAGCUACGUCGACUCGCAGCUGCGCAACUCUAAGCGUUUUGAUGUGCAAGGCAUACGACGAGACCACCCGCAAUUUUUUGAACGCGUGCAUCGUGGUCAGCAUUCGUCGCAAGCCUCCGCCUCUACGCCCAAAAGUGCAGGAUUCGAGAUGCCAAGUGCUACGUCAAGCGCUUCGAGCAGCUCGAGCCAGUCUCGUGAAGAUGGCCAGCUCCGCUUCUGGACGAGCGACAUGUGCAGCCGUAGUCCGCACCUGUUCGAUAUCGUCGUGACAGUGAGUGCGCGUGGGUGCACGGAUCCGAUGCAGGCCCCUCACACUCUCAGCGUCCCGUCUCUCAGCUGGGCGGAGACGGUACUGUGCUAUUCUGCUCUUGGCUAUUCCAGCGAAUCGUUCCCCCAGUGGUGCCAUUCGCACUGGGCUCGCUUGGAUUCUUGACCAAUUUCGACUUUUCCAACUACGCCAAGGUGAUGAAUUCAGCCCUUGAGGAUGGGAUACGAGUCAACUUGCGCAUGCGUUUUACAGCAACCGUAUACGUGA